AUCUUUAACUACCUACUUAAUUUCACUACACCGUGAUUUUGUUCCUCGCCUCGCUAGAUAGGGCACGCUGCGAGCAAUAUCAACACCGGCACAAGCCCCUCCUACCAACCGCUGCCGUUGACAUUAGGUGCUUUAUUAGGUAGUCCUCCUUGAGCCAGCUACAAUACCCCGAGUUCCUUAAACCCUUCAACGAACAACGACAUAUUCACCCAAAAAACAUCAUCAACCCACGGGUUGAGUUCAUCCUGGGAGCGACGUUGACCAUGACUCCUUCCGCUGUCCCCCCGGAGCCCGCCAAGGUGCCGUCCGCGGCACUCACCACUACCUUCGACGACACUCUUCGUUUCUACCUUAAUGGCACCCGCGUUGUACUCGAUGAGGUCGAUCCAGAAGUUACAUUGCUUGAGUACCUCCGCGGUAUCGGUUUAACAGGGACCAAGCUCGGUUGUAGCGAAGGCGGCUGCGGUGCCUGCACAGUCGUCGUUUCUCAGUAUAACCCGACAACGAAGCAAAUAUAUCACGCUAGCGUCAACGCCUGCCUUGCGCCCCUCGCCUCGGUCGACGGGAAACAUGUCAUUACCGUGGAGGGCAUCGGGAACGUCAAGCGGCCCCACCCGGCCCAGGAGCGUGUGGCAAAGAGCAACGGCUCACAAUGCGGCUUCUGCACCCCGGGCAUCGUCAUGAGCUUGUAUGCUCUCCUGAGGAACAACGAGGCACCGACCGAGCACGAUAUCGAGGAGGCCUUUGACGGGAACCUGUGUCGCUGCACGGGAUAUCGGCCCAUUUUGGAUGCUGCACAGACGUUUAGCGUACGGAGGGAGACAAGUGCGGCUAACGGAUGCGGGAAUGCGAAGGCGAAUGGGGGGAGUGGGUGUUGUAUGGAGAACGGCGAUGCCGGCGGGUGUUGCAAGGAUGGGAAGGUGGACGGCGUCGACGACCAGCCGAUCAAGAGGUUCACACCGCCAGGGUUCAUCGAAUACAAACCGGACACCGAGCUCAUCUUUCCACCGGCACUGAAGAAGCACGCGUUCAAGCCGCUGGCUUUCGGCAACAAGCGCAAGAAGUGGCUCCGCCCUGUGACGCUACAUCAGCUGCUCGAGAUCAAGAAGGAGUAUCCGGAUGCGAAGAUAAUAGGCGGGAGCACAGAGACGCAGAUCGAGAUCAAGUUCAAGGCACUUCAGUACCCGAUCUCGGUAUUUGUUGGGGACAUACCUGAACUAAGGCAGUACUCCCUGAACGAAGACCAUCUGGAGAUUGGAGGCAACAUCACGCUUACCGACCUGGAAGGUGUCUGCCAGGAGGCCUUGAAGCACUAUGGGGAGGCCCGGGGCCAAAUCUUUACCGCCAUCUACAAGCAGCUCAAGUACUUCGCGGGGAGGCAGAUCAGGAACGUCGGCACACCGGCUGGAAACCUGGUUACGGCGUCUCCCAUCUCGGAUUUGAACCCAGUCUUCAUGGCCGCAAACGCGACUUUGGCUGCGAAGACUCUGGACAAGGAUAUCGAAAUACCCAUGUCGGAAUUCUUCCAGGGCUAUCGCCGGACAGCGCUACCAGCCGAUGCAGUUCUCGCGACGAUCCGUGUUCCUCUCACACACGAGAAGAACGAGUUCUUCCGAGCCUACAAGCAAGCGAAGCGGAAGGAUGAUGACAUUGCAAUCGUCACCUCUGCCUUGAAGCUUCGGUUGAGUGAUGAUGGGAUCAUCGAGGAAGCGAACUUCGUCUACGGUGGCAUGGCUCCGACAACAGUGGCAGCGAAACACGCAAAUGGGUUUUUGGUAGGGAAGAAAUUCGCUGAAUUGGAGACCCUUGAAGGGGCUAUGAACGCCCUGGGACAGGACUUUGACCUCCAGUUCGGCGUACCCGGCGGCAUGGCCUCGUACAGAAAGUCAUUGGCGCUGGGCUUCUUCUACCGGUUUUACCACGAGGUUAUGCAAUCAAUCGGCAGAAAUGCUGAUGCGGAAGCGGUUUCGGAACUCGAAAGGGAUAUCUCCAGCGGCAAAGAGGACCAUACGGCGGCCGAAGCGUACAUGCAGGAGACGCUCGGGAAGUCCAACCCGCAUGUGGCGGCCUUGAAGCAAGUCACUGGUGAGGCGCAAUACACGGAUGACAUCCCGCCCAUGAAGAACGAGCUACACGGCUGCCUGGUGCUAUCGACGAAGGCACACGCAAAGCUCAAGUCGGUCGAUCACACUCAGGCGCUUGACAUUCCUGGUGUGGUAGACUACGUCGACAAGACGGAUAUGCCGAGCGCCCGGGCGAACCGCUGGGGUGCGCCGCAUUUCCAAGAGACCUUCUUUGCCGAGGAUGAAGUCUACACGGCCGGGCAACCGAUCGGGUUGAUUCUGGCGACUUCGGCAGCUCGGGCGGCCGAGGGUGCUCGCGCCGUCAAGGUCGAGUAUGAGGAGUUGCCGGCCGUCUUCACCAUUGAGGAGGCCAUCGAGAAGGAGAGCUUCUUCGAGUUCUUCAGGGAGCUCAAGAAGGGUGACUCGGAGGGAGCGUUCAAGAACUGCGAUCAUGUCUUCACCGGUACUACCCGAAUGGGUGGACAGGAGCAUUUCUACUUGGAGACGAAUGCCUGUGUUGCGAUCCCGAAGCCCGAGGACGGUGAGAUGGAGAUUUGGUCCAGCAGCCAGAAUCCUAACGAAGCCCAAGCGUAUGCCUCACAGGUCUGCAACGUCCAGAGCAACAAGGUUGUCGUCAAGGUCAAGCGCAUGGGUGGUGGUUUCGGCGGCAAAGAGUCUCGCUCAGUCCAACUCAGCUCGAUCCUCGCGUUGGCGGCACAGAAAACGCGCAGGCCGGUCCGUUGCAUGCUCACUCGCGAGGAGGACAUGGUAACCACUGGUCAGCGACACCCCUUCUUAGGACGAUGGAAGUUGGGCGUGAACAAGGACGGUAAGAUUCAGGCGCUCGACCUUGACAUAUUCAACAACGCCGGCUGGAGUUGGGAUCUCAGCGCCGCCGUGUGCGAGCGCGCCAUGACGCACUCGGAUGGCUGUUACAUGAUCCCCAAUGUCCACAUUCGCGGUCGCAUUUGCAAGACGAAUACCAUGUCGAACACGGCAUUCCGCGGAUUCGGUGGUCCCCAGGGCAUGUUCAUCGCCGAGUCCUACAUGUCCGAGGCGGCUGACCGCCUGGGUAUUCCCGUGGAGAAACUCCGCGAGAUCAACAUGUACAAGCCGGGGGAGGUCACUCACUUCAACCAACCCAUUACCGACUGGCAUGUACCCCUGAUGUACCAACAGGUUCAGGAUGAAGCCGACUAUGCGAACCGCCGCGAGGCCAUCACCAAGUUUAAUGCCGAGCACAAGUGGCGCAAGCGCGGGCUGGAUAUAAUCCCAACCAAAUUCGGCAUCUCAUUCACAGCCCUCUGGUUCAACCAAGCCGGUGCGCUCGUCCACAUCUACCACGACGGUUCCGUCCUUGUCGCACACGGCGGCACAGAAAUGGGUCAGGGGCUGCACACAAAAAUGACCAUGAUCGCCGCGCAAGCCCUCAACGUCCCGAUGGAGGACGUCUACAUCUCUGAAACUGCCACCAACACCGUCGCCAACGCGUCGGCCACUGCCGCCUCGGCCUCCUCCGACUUGAACGGCUACGCUAUUCACAACGCCUGUGAACAACUCAACGAGCGUUUAGCCCCUUAUCGCGCCAAGCUCGGCCCCUCCGCAACCCUCAAAGAGGUCGCCCACGCCGCCUACUUCGACCGCGUCAACCUCUCAGCCCAGGGUUUCUACAAGACACCCGAGAUCGGCUACGUAUGGGGCGAGAACAAAGGCAAGAUGUUCUACUACUUCACGCAGGGCGUGACCGCCGCCGAGGUCGAGAUCGACACCCUCACGGGCUCCUGGACCUGCCUGCGGGCCGACAUCAAGAUGGACGUCGGCCGCUCCAUCAACCCGGCCAUCGACUACGGCCAGAUCCAGGGCGCCUUCGUCCAGGGCAUGGGCCUCUUCACCAUGGAAGAGUCCCUCUGGCUGCGCAACGGACCCCUGAAAGGGAACCUCUUCACCCGCGGGCCCGGCGCCUACAAGAUCCCCUCCUUCCGCGACAUCCCCCAGGUCUGGAACGUCAGCCUGCUCAAGGACGUCGAGUGGCAGGAGCUGCGCACCAUCCAGCGCAGCCGCGGCGUCGGCGAGCCGCCGCUGUUCAUGGGCAGCGCCGUGUUCUUUGCGAUACGGGACGCGCUCAAGGCGGCGAGGGCGCAGUACGGGGUGGAGGCGGCGUUGGGGGUGGAUUCCAAGGGGGAUGACGGGGAUGGGCUGCUCCGGCUGGAGAGCCCGGCGACGCCGGAGAGGAUCAGGCUGGCGUGUGUCGAUCCGAUUGUUGAGAGGGCUCGGGUUAAGGCGAAGGAGGGGGAGAGGAGUUUCUUUAUUGCUAUUUAGGCUUGGGGCGGCGGUGUGGUUUGGUAUGCGGUUGGGUAGCAGGGAAUUAUUUUGGCGAGAAUGUCAAGUUUGCUGCUUGGAUGGCAUGUCAUUCGGUGGUUGGGUAUCUCAUUAGUUUGAUCCCGCAAUGUCAAACAUGAUCGUUCCUUUUCAGGGUGAACGCCGAAAUGGUCUUUACUUCGGCGUUGACAACGAUCACUCUCCCGUCUGAGCUUAAGAUUGAAGCU